AUGGAGAAGCCGAGGAAGCAAAAGCAACGGCGGUCAGGCACCGUCGGGAGGCGCCUGUGGUCUCGGCUCACGCGGCGCUGGAGACUGCUGGGUCUGUUCGAGAUCGAUGAGGAGCAUGAGUUUUACAACCUGACUGUCAUGAUGAAAGAGGGCCUCUCCGCGAUGUUGGAGCCCACUAUCGACCAGCCGGAACAGGAUGAGCUGACAGCAGAUGACUAUACCAAGGAAGAGAGUCAGGUGCAUGAGGGGUUUGAGCUGCAGACGUAUGCGGGUCCUGUGUUCGCCAGUCUCCGGCGGUCCCUGGACAUCAGUGAGGGUGCCUACCAGACCUCCCUCUCCUCCGACUGCUACCUGCAGUUCAUUAGCAACUCCAAGAGCAAGGCUGACUUCUUCCUCACGAAUGAUAAAUGCUACUUCCUGAAGACCCAGAGUAAACGAGAAGCGAACUUCCUCCUGUCCAACCUGAAGGGAUACAUGGAGCAUCUGGAGAAGUAUCCCCACUCUCUGAUGGUGCGCUUCCUUGGUGUGCACCGGAUCAUUAUUCAUGGAGACAUAAAGAGGGAAGGGCCAUGUCUGGAUGCCGUUAUCUUAUUAUCUAUUUAUGUUAUCUUUUAUGUUAUCUGUCAGAAAUACUUCAUCGUGAUGCAGAGCGUGUUCUACCCUGAUGAGAGGAUCACAACCAGAUAUGACGUAAAGGGCUGUGAGGUGGGCCGGUGGGCUAACCCCUCCCCCAAAGACGAGCAGCCCAUUACGGUGCUGAAGGACAUGAACUUUGAGGGGCAACACAUCAACCUGGGUGAGCAGCGGUCCUGGUUGGUCCGUCAGGUGCAGAUUGACACUGAGUUCCUGCACAGUCUGAAUGUUCUGGACUACAGCAUCCUGUUGGCCCACCAGCCUCUGCACAUGGACGAGAUCGACCAGAACCACGACCUGGCAACCCUGGUCCUCCGCACCACCGCGUACGUCCACCGUGUGUCUUAUUGUGUUCAGAUCUGUGGAUAUAGAGAAGUGACCCUACUAAUCCAUAUGUUUAGAUCUGUGGAUAUAGAGAGUGAUCUCACGGAGCAGGAGCCUCCAAAAGUUCCCGUGACGUUGGGGGAGGAGGACUCCGCCCUGCUGAAGUCGGACCCAUCAGGCAGUCCAACCACAGCAGUGGAUCCUGGAACCGGGAUUCCUCUACAGGAACUUCCUCACCGACACUCCGCAGAACUCCAGGAGUUCCAGGUCCAGAAUCGCAGGCUCCUGCCGGAGUUCAAGAACCCGGUGCACGUCGUCGACGGUCCGGAGCUGCGGUACUUUGUGGGCGUGGUGGACAUUUUCACGGUGUACGGACUCAAGAAGCGUCUGGAGAACCUGUGGAAGAGGAUUCGGUUCCCAGGCAGGGCGUUCUCCACGGUCAGCCCACCGGCGUACUCACAUCGGUUCUGCCAGUGGGUACAGAACCACACUAAAUAGCCAAGAAGAGGACGGGAAAGGGCAAAGGGCACAGGAAAGGGAGUAUGAUGCGAAUAUUGCGAAAUUGAUAGAAAUAUUGGUGGAUGGAUUUAUAGAUAAAUAGGAAGAUAGGAAGAUAGAUACGUAGAUAGAUAGAUAGACAGAUAGAUAGAUAGAUAGAUAGAUGGAUAGAUAGAUAGGUGAACAGAUAGAAAAAGACACACUGCAAUACGUACUGUACACUUCCCUGGCAUAAUCAUGCAGUGUCACGGUUAUAUUAUAUCUAUUUCAUAAUAUCAUGUAGUGUCAUAGUUAUAUCAUAUCUAUAUCAUGAUAGCAUGUAGUGUCAUAGAUAUAUUAUAUCUAUAUCAUGAUAUCAUAUCAUCUAUAUCAUCAUAUUUAUAUCAGGAUAUCAUGAAAAAAACAUGAGUGAGAUAUCGUCUUACAGACACAUGGACAGAUAUGGAUGGAUACACUUUUCUCUGUGCUCUUCUCAGGGUUGGAUGGUUGGCUGAGGAACAGGAAUGCCCUUAGCUGUCAUGUGAAACAGCAAUAGAAUAUGUUAGCUACCACAAUGCAUGUUUACAAUUUUUAUAUUGCAUUUCUGUGUGGAGAAACCAUUCUGAACUGCAAACAGAUAUGCACUCUGAUGCGGUGCUGGUCUCCAUAAAUAAUGUUAUUCUUACUUAUUGUUUUUACUGAUGAAAUAUUUUGAUACAAUAUGUGUUGAUUAUAUACUGUAAUUUUAUUGAAAUCAAUUUCCAUAUUUUAGUAUUUAGAUUAUACAUAUACAAAGUAAUGCAAACUUUUGUUGUAAUUUUGAUGAUUAUAAAUAGUGUCUCAGGACACAUAAUAAAAAAUGAAAUAAAUGCCUUAUCUCGAGAAAACAAAAGGCUGAUUUCAAUCAUAAUAUUUAUGGGAAACUUGAAAAUGAGUGUGUGGUUCAUUUGAUCAAAACUCAUUUCGCU